AUGUCAACCUCUCAGUCCCAGCUCUCUUCCUCCACAUCAUCCUUUUCGCCCUCGAAACUCUGCUCGAAAACAUACAAGAAAGCUUCACAACUUUAUCUAACACGUCGGCUACAAGAAUCCCUGACAGCCUUGGAACCGGUCAUUACCGUCAACCGACCAUUCGAGGAACACCCGUCUGCCAAUGGCGACAAUUCAAUGGCCCCGAUUGCUACGGCCCAGGCCACAUGGAGGAUCAAGGUGUGGAAUCUAUACAUUACCCUCCUAAGUUCUAUACUCGACUUGGGGCCAGAAGAGGGGAAGAAGCUGUUCGGUCACAAAGAGUGGAAGGCUAUUUCGUCCAAAGUCCGCGACGGGGGGAUCUGGGAGACUGUCGUCCAAACCGGCUACAAAGGGCUUGAGGGAUCAGUCGAUGCAGAGGUCGUAUAUAAUUUGGCAACUCUAUUGUUAAAUCACUCCCCCUCUCAAAAGAUCAAUCAGCAACGACUCGAAACCUAUCUCUCCUCAUAUGGUCAACCAAACCUCGAUGUAGCAGAACACAUGGAUAACUCUCUAAAUGGUUCCCAUCGAUCUAGGCCCAGGCCCAACGGUGGCACAGAUACACCGAAAGAUCUUGCCGCUCGGGUCCGGAUUAUCGAACUCUUUACCCUCCACGUCCUUCCCCGUAAUGAGGAGUGGGAUUUUGCCAGUGAAUUCAUCAAUCUCAACGAAGUUCUGGACGAUGAACGUAGGGAGCUGUUCUUGCAAACACUCGAUGGUUUGAAGGAGGAAAAGGAGCAGGGUGAAUUGCGCGCUGCGGCGCUCCAGCGGGAGAAAGACGCCGAAAUGGAGAGACAGAUGCGUGAGGCCGAACGCCAACGAGCGGAAGAAGCUGCGUCUGCGGAAAGCGCUCAGAAGAAAAGCCACGGACGCAACAAAAGCGAGGUGGAUUACGGCAUCGAGAAAAUCAACGCGAACGGCAGCAGCUCCAAAGGACGAGGGAAAGCUAGCGAGAAGCAACAUAGCACGAAGGGACUGAGUGCUUCAUCACGCACCGCAUUUUCCCCACCAGGUCCGAAGAACGCCAAAAGGCCUGAAAAGCCUGAGGCCCAUGCCAAACAGAGUCGGGCGUUGACGAAUGUCCUUCGUAAUCUUCUUCGGUACAUUUCUAAAACCAUCGCCGGUAAUCCCCUGUCAUUUGCCCGCACCCUGUUAUUCAUACUCGGAAUUAUCGUGGCACUAUCCCGGCGGAAUGUGCGGGAACGCAUCCAGAGAAUCACAGGGGCUGGAUGGCAGAAGAUUAAGGGGACGGUUGGGAUGGGUGUGAAGGUGAGCUAUAUUUAA